ACGAGCUUGUCUCCUUGACCUGUUCCAGAGGGGUCUGUUGAGGACAUGUUAGGGACAUACUUGAAGGAACAAAAAAUCGAAUUUACCUGUGACUGUGGAGGGACGACCUCGGAAGUGAAGCCGUCUUUUGAUACACUGCCAAGAGUUCUCAUCUUUCACCUGAAGAGGUUUGGCUUUACAAAAACCCACAAGCUUCAGAAGGUGAAUGACCCCGUCAGGCUGCAGAGGGACUUGGUGGUGUCAUCCAAACAGGGUGAUGGCCGUUAUGAACUCAUAAGCAUCAUUAGUCACUAUGGAGGCACAGAAUCAGGACACUACAUCUGUCAUUCUGUGCAUCCUGAGGAGAGCCCACAGUCUACAUCAGAUCAUUGGCUCACCUAUAAUGAUGCACGGGUGCUCCACACAACUUGAUCGGCAGUUUUUGAGGAACAGCAGCAGUCUGCCUACAUCCUGUUUUACAAGAGAAACGGUGUGGAAGCAAGUUAGAGCCAUCAUCGUGCUGAGAAGGAACAACCGUCGUCUCAGACCGCUGGUAAGUAUUGCCCUUAGGAGGAAGGGUCCUCCCAGAGAGCCUGGUUCCUCCCAAGAUUUCUUCCUCCAGGAGGGAGUUUUUUCUUGCCACCGUCGCCCCACAUUCACCGGUCAUUCACUAGUAGUGCACCACUACUAGAGAUAGUCAGGACCGGUGUUUGGCUUGCUCUCUGGGAACAACAAAAAAAUAAACAAAUUAAUAAUAAAAUAAAAUAAAGAUAUUAUUAAUUAAUUGAUUUUUUUUAAAUUAAAAUUAAUGUAACAACAAAAACAAAAAUAACUAAUAAAAACUAAUUAACUAAGUAUUCAACUGUGUUUUGUGAAAUUUGUAAUGAGUCUCAGUUAAGUUGAUGUCACAGAAGUUUCUGAAUCAACCAUUUAGAUUGUUCAACAAACAGAUUUACUCAGGUAAAGAUGGUAAGCUGGAGCACUGGUACCCUUCUAGUUCAGUUUAAGUUUUUAGACAAAUAUUCCCUCAUUCAGUUGCAGUUUCUGCUUACAUUAUACAUUAUUUAGCUGCAAAUGUUUAGCUGCAAGUAGCAAAGUCCAAAAGUGACAACAUUUCCACUGCACUCUCUCCAGAAAUGGCAUAUAGAACUUUUGAUCAAAUUAGACAUUUAUCCUUGAAAAAUCCAUGAAAAUCUUUAAUUGUACCUUUUAUAACAUUGUGGUGGGGCGUGGUCUGCGGUGCCGUGCAGGGAGGGCGGACGCACCUGCACGGCAUCCUUAAUCACGCCCGCCUAGUUAAAAACACGGGGACUCGGGGGUUUGGGGAUUGUUGUGGUGAGAUGUAAAUAAAGAUGGCUCCGAAUGAUACUCCGUGGUCCCGCCGUGCCUUAUUCUCGCCACAAACAUUUUAACAAGUUAUUGUCUCCUGCUGCAUGUUUCUUGUUUUGGCUGAACUUCAUCAGCUCAAAAAACACACCGUGCUGUGGUUUACUGAAAGAACUCAUGUACAGGACACACUGAAAGCAGGUUUACAACGUUUAAUUAACAAAGUCAAGAUCAGUUAACAACAGCUGAACGAAAGAUUUACUUUUUCUCGUCGGUAAAAUGGUCAGAUGAGGUCCAUGCCAAUGUGCUCAAGUGGUACCUCCAUUAAGGGCAGUAAGGGCAUAAAGGCACCUUUGGAAUGGCCAGCUGGUUCACCAGCUGACACCACUGGACACACAACAUCAGCGCACAUCCAAACAGAUUCUUGGCCAGUAAAAUCGGUCAAUUUUUGGGUCCAGAGUCUUAUCUUAUUCCAGGUGACCAGCCAUCGAGUUGUAACGAGCCACCUAAAAAAAUCAUUUCUCAGUGGCUCUUCUGCAACCAACAAGUAGAUGUGUUCUUCCAUUGUACAAGUGUCACGACACGCUCAACAUGGUCUGUCAUUACAAAAUGUGGAAAUGUCAGGGCGCACUAUUUGACUAUCAGCUCUCAUCAUUUGAUCAAAGGGCGAAUUGCAUAGUGCCAUUAUCUUCUGUGUAGCGAAUUGCUGGAACCGGCAAGCUGAACGCGGCUCAAACGCCACAUGUCCCUAUUGGCUGUGUGUGCAGCCCUGCAUACUGCCCUAUUGAGCUACUAAACCCCAACCAAUCAGUUUUGAGAUUUAAGGGGUAUGCUAGCCGCAGCUAACCGCAGCCGUUACUCUAUGCAUUUCCCCCCGAUCUUUCAUUUCCACCAGUACUAUGGGGUAUUUGUGAAUAUCCAUGACUGACCCGGACAGGUCGCCAGCUGGUCUUUGGCCAGGGUGAUGGCAGUUUCGAGGUUCACCGGCUAGUGAUAGCAGACUCACUUCACUGUCCUGGCCGGUAGCUG